UUCCUCCGUUCUUCCUUCCGUUCCUCCUUCCGUUCCUCCCCUCGUCCCGGGCGCGCCGGAGCUCUGCUGCUCCGCGCGGAUUGAUGUCGGAGGGAAGGGGCUGGUUGCCGCCUGGUUGCCGUUCACGUGCUCCCUUCCACGCGCUCCCUUCCACGCCGGUUGGCUGGCGAUGAGCAGCCGCCGCAGCCUGCCGGGGCUGGGCACGGGGCGUCCCGCCGCACGCGGGGCCGCUCUGACCUUGGCAGGGAAUCCCGAUGUCACCUCCUGCCUUCGGAGCUCCUCCGGGCCGGCUGUGGGGAGGUGACGCGUGUGGGACGAGGGUGAAGGCCCUGCGGACCUGUUGAGCUCGCUGAUGCUUCUGUGUUUGCAGGUCCGAGCUCUGGGUUUGCUGUAGAAGUGGCAGAGCAGUCGUUAACUCGGCAUGUCCGCCAGCAGUUUGUAAUAGGAUCGUGUAAUCACAAAGGCGACACAGGAGUGGGAGGAAAAUAUCUUAACACCCUCCAGGAAUCUGGAGACUUUUCACUCUGCAAUAAUCAAUAAACAAGUGUGAAGCAUGAGGAUCAACUCUGCUCUUCAGGCUGCUAUUGACCUCACAGCAGGAGCUGCAGGUGGGACAGCCUGCGUGGUGACUGGCCAGCCCUUCGACACAGCAAAGGUGAAGAUGCAGACGUUCCCUGACAUGUACAAAGGAAUUGUUGACUGUUUUGUGAAAACCUACAAACAAGUGGGAUUUCGAGGCUUCUACAAGGGGACCACACCUGCUCUGGUAGCCAACAUUGCAGAGAACUCUGUUCUUUUCAUGUGCUAUGGGUUCUGCCAACAAAUUGUACGAAAAAUUGUUGGAGUAGACAGGAAAACAAAGCUCAGUGACCUACAGAACGCUGCUGCGGGCUCCUUCGCCUCUGCCUUUGCCACGCUUGUUCUGUGCCCCACAGAGCUGGUGAAGUGCCGGCUGCAGGCCAUGCACGAAAUGCAGUUGUCGGGAAAGAUAAUGCAGGGACAGAAUACAGUUUGGUCAGUAGUGAAGAGCGUUAUCCAAAAGGAUGGACCCCUCGGGUUUUACCGUGGCCUGUCGAGCACUUUGCUGAGAGAAGUCCCCGGCUAUUUCUUCUUCUUUGGGGGGUAUGAACUGAGCCGGACGUUCUUUGCCUCUGGGAGAUCAAAAGAUGAAUUGGGUCCCAUUCCUUUGCUGCUCAGCGGAGGUUUUGGAGGCAGCUGUCUGUGGAUUGCUGUGUAUCCAGUGGACUGUGUCAAAUCUAGAAUUCAGGUUCUUUCAAUGGCUGGAAAGCAGACGGGCUUCAUGGGAACGUUUGUAACUGUUGUGAGAACUGAAGGUGUACUUGCCUUGUAUUCUGGACUAAAGCCAACUAUGAUCCGUGCAUUCCUGGCCAAUGGGGCACUGUUCCUUGCCUAUGAGUACAGCCGGAAACUUAUGAUGAAACAGAUAGAUUCUUACUGAUACCUUCUAGCAAACAGAACAACCCUUCAAAUAAAUGAUCAAAGCCUGUAGGACUCAACAUGAUCUGAGAGCAUUACCAGAUCACUGACCUGAUUUUAGGAACUCAAUUCCAGUUUAGGAUUUGUAAUCUUUUAAAUUCAAAUGAUUUUUAUGGAGAGCUAUACAUGCUUCUUGAAUUGAACUGGCAGGACUAUCUCCUGCACUGGGUUUGCUACGCAUCAUAAAUGUCUUUUCCUGCCUGUAAUGGUGCUAAAGAGACACACUGGUUUUUAAUGUUACAGGCAGAACAGGCUGUGAUUUGUUUAAGAAAAGCACUGCUUUAGAGCCUGUGCUGUGACUGCUACAUUUCCCAUUUCUUGCUAGCAAUAUCUGAUUCUAAGUAAUUCCAGUUUUGUCUAAUCUUCCUGAGUGUGGCUCUCAUUUUCUAGCUCCCAUCCACCCUAUGACUUUCAGUGAUCAUUGCAGCUGGUUCAUCUUGCAUACUCUGACACACUGAUGGCCUUACUGAAGCUUUCACCCCCUACUUUUACUGUCCUAUGACUUAGAACUGAGAUAGGGUUGCAUUUGAGAUAAAAUAUGAAGUUUCUGGAUGUAAGGAGACAAGGCAGCAUUUAUGACAGUUGUUUGCUGCAGGCAGUGCUGAAGUA